CGACAUGCUCAUGUGAUACACACGUGUUGCCUUUCGCGACUCCCAUGCGGGAAUUUCCCUCCAUAUUCAUCGCUUGCCACGUCAUAUAUCCGACGGGUAGCUGCCGGAUUUCAUUCCUCUCUCACUCUCGCUCUCUCAUAUUUCUCGCCGUUAAUCUCUCCACCAUCUUUCCAUGCUCGUUCUCUGAUAAUAUCUCUCUCUCUCUCUCUCUCAAACGGGGAGAACCUGCGUGAAAGGGAAAUCGCGAAGAAAGUGUCAGAAGAAAACGAAAGAGAUUGAAAAAGCAGAAGUCCCUCUCUCAGAGAUAAAGGUGAAAGUCGUUUGCAAUCGAAGAUCGUCCAAAAGCUAUUAAAAAAAGAGAAAAAGAGAGAAUAGAAAAAGGCGAAUGUAGAAAUCGAGAAGAGAAGACGAGAUAAAACCCUUCUCGGAUCGCUUCCUUUUUCUCCUUUUUAGGCAGCAUUUCUCUUCGAUUUCUUUAAUCGAAUAGAGAAACGAAGAUCUGCUCUUGGGAACGCGAUUCCUCGUAGAAAGGGAGGCUGAUUUCACGAGAUCCGAUUCAAACCCAGCGUUGGAACUGCACUGCACCCCUCUGGCCCACCAAUUCAAACAAAACCCAGAAGAAAAACGAAACCCUUCUAUUCCGCAAGUAAUUUCUCUCUGCCACAAGCGAAUGGCGUCGUCGUCGAAUUCACCUUGCGCUGCUUGCAAGUUCCUCCGCCGCAAGUGCAUCCCAGAGUGCGUAUUUGCACCCUACUUCCCACCGGACCAGCCCCAGAAAUUUGCCAAUGUACACAAGGUGUUCGGUGCCAGCAAUGUUACCAAGCUCCUCAACGAGCUCCACCCACACCAGCGUGAGGAUGCUGUGAAUUCACUCGCGUAUGAGGCUGACAUGCGCCUUCGCGACCCUGUUUAUGGCUGCGUUGGUGUCAUCUCCCUGCUGCAGCACCAGCUGAGGCAGCUGCAAAUGGACCUCAGUUGCGCGAAAUCAGAGCUGUCCAAGUACCAGAACGUUGGCAUCGCAGGGCAUGGCCUUAUUGCCGCCGCCGCUGCUGCCAAUACCCAGAUGGGUAUUGGGCUCGGCCGUGACCAGUUCUUUGCUCGGGAGCAGCAGAUGAUGAUGCGGAAUUAUGACUCGGAGAUGGCAAGGCUGGGCGUUAAUGGUGCAUAUGAUGCGAGCCUUCUGGCCAUGAACGUGUCUGCGAGCAUCGGGCCGUUGGGUCAGUUCCCUCAGCCACGGGCUGGUGGCGAUGAACGCCGGACCAUCGGGCCCUCUUAGGACUAGUGAUGAAUGGAUCUUAUACUCAGCUUAACUUCAUCACAGUUGUGUUAUUUUAGAGCAGCCCCUACUCGACAGAUUUGAUGACAUGCACACACCACAGGUUGGGCCCCACACGCAGGUAAGUGGACGGAACUAUCAUCUACAGCAGUUGUCGUGAAUCGGCCUCGAUUCAUUAUCUUUGUAAAUCAAUUGUGGAGAAAUUACUCUAUUUAAUACAACAUAUUAUAAGAUAUUGUCUUGCCCUAACUUGUUUUCAUAAACUUCCAGCUUAUGCUUUCAAAAGAAAUGCUACGAAUGCGCUAUCAGCAUUAAUUUCAUUAGAAGUUUAGCUGUAGAGAUCUCACACUCACACACGUAAAAGAUAUAAAUUAUAAAACAA